AUGCAUCUUUCAUCAUGUCUGAUCUUUAUUGCCAUCACGGGCGUGCGGGCCUUUUACCCAUGGGAACUGCGCGUCGAACUACGCGACGUUGACGAGACACUCGAACGACGUUUUAUGCCGUGGAGCUUGAUCGAGGCCAAGACCGAUGACGACACUAUUCCAACCCUCAACCUGAAGAAAAUCCCCGUCCGCCGCGAUGAUGGCUACAAGAUCGUCGAAGCCUACACCCCGAAGUUGAAGAACAGCGCACCGUUGGAUCAGGAUGGUACGGAUUACUCCUACUUUUGCUCCGUUCUGGUGGGCUCCCAAAAGACGGAAAUGUGGAUGGCGCUCGAUACUGGUGCUCCCAACACCUGGGUCUUUGAUUCGGAAUGUACAGAGGCGGUGUGUACCCGGCAUCAUACGUUCGAUCGCUCCAAGUCAACCAGCUAUUCAACCGAGGACUCGACCUUCAGCCUAGGGUACGGGAGUGGAAAUGUAACGGGAAAGCUGGGCACAGAUGUUCUUUCGCUUGCAGGUCUCGAGGUGGAACAAGAUUUCGGCCAGGCAAAUUUCGCCUCCAAGACUUUCGAGAGCUAUCCAUUCGACGGAAUCCUUGGUCUGGGUCGAUCGCACACGAAUGGAUGGAGCUUGCCUUCGUUCAUGGAUCUGGUCGCCAAGAAGAAGCUUCUCAAGUCAAACCUGGUCGGAUUCAGUCUCUCACGCGCAAAAGACGAUGGCAAGGAUGGAGAGGUCAACUUUGGGGGCGUGGACACCACCAAAUACGACGGUACCAUCUCUUAUACCAGCACAGACGCCGACAUCUGGAGUAUCCCCGUCGACGAUGCGUAUGUGAAUGGCAAGAGCUGCAACUUCACUGGAAAGUCCGCCACUAUCGACACCGGUACUACCUACCUUCUGAUUCCCCCAUCAGACGCCGCGACUCUCUUUGACCUUGUCCCCCAUGCCUCGCAACAAUCGGGCAACCCCAACAACUAUAUCCUUCCCUGCAACUCCACCGCAACCAUUCAGUUCGAAUUUUCGGGUGUCAAAUAUUCCAUUUCCUCCAAAGACUAUGUCGGAAGCCCCGUUUCUGACGGCUCUGAUUACUGUAUUUCGACCAUUGUCAGCUAUGCAUCAAACGGCGCAAACUGGCUCGUGGGUGACGUGUUCCUGAAAAAUGUUUACACCGUGUUCGACUUCGACAACAACCAAAUUGGGUUCGGCCAGCUUGCCUCCGCUAAAUCAUCCUCAAACUCUUCUUCUUCUACCACCACCACAUCUGCAGGAAAUGGUACAUUCACCGCACCCCCAGUCACUGGCACUGCUUCGACUGAUGCCACGGGCUCAACUCCAUCCUCCGCCGUUCCCACUAUCGCUGGCAGCUCUGCCUCCCACCUCACCCGCAGCAUCAGCUGGUCUAUGCUCCCGGUCGCCCUCGGCGCCCUGAUUAUUUGA